AUGAACACCCAGCCUCAGACCCGCUCGCCGCCCAGCAGAACAGUGCCAAUACAUUGCACAGACAACUGGAAGAGGAGGAAGGUUUUGGAACAGAGUCCGGUUUACAGGUCCCUGGCUGGAAGAGGCUGGAUAAAAUACUGCAUUUUUGCAGCGGGGCCUCGACCUGCCCAUCACCAGGGAGGAUUCAGACCCAUACAGUUUUUCCAGAGGCCUCAGAUACAGCCUCCGCGAGCCACCAUCCAGAACAGCAGCCCUUCCAUCCGUCCUGGUGCCCAAACGCCGACCGCGGUCUAUCAAACCAACCAGCACAUCAUGAUGGUUAAUCACCUGCCGAUGCCCUACCCGAUGCCUCAGGGCCCCCAGUACUGUAUCCCGCAGUAUCGUCACAGUGGCCCUCCGUAUGUCGGGCCCCCCCAGCAGUACCCAGUGCAGCCGCCGGGACCAGGACCCUUUUAUCCAGGACCAGGUCCUGGAGAAUUCCCCAAUGCCUACGGAACACCUUUCUACCCAAGUCAGCCAGUCUAUCAGUCAGCACCCAUUAUAGUGCCUACACAGCAGCAGCAGCCUCCGCCAGCUAAAAGAGAGAAAAAAACGAUCCGAAUCCGGGAUCCAAACCAGGGAGGCAAAGAUAUAACAGAAGAAAUCAUGUCUGGAGGGGGCAGCAGGAACCCGACGCCUCCCAUCGUGAGACCCACUUCCACACCGACUCCACCUCAGCAGCUGCCCAGCCAGGUCCCCGAGCACAGCCCUGUGGUUUAUGGGACUGUGGAGAACACCCAUCUCGCUGCCAGCACCCCUGUCACCGCGACUAGCAACCCGAAGCAAGAAGAGAAGCCAAAACCAGAUCCAGUAUUAAAACCUUCUUCUCCAGUCCUCAGACCAGAACCUGCUGGGGAGAAAAAAGAUCAAGCUGGCCAAACGACCGAGGCCACCUCAGUGGAAACCCCACUAGAACUUCCUCUUGCUCCGUCGCCGACCCCGGCUGCUCCCGUCGCGGUUGUUUCUUCUGUUGCUGCUGUCGUCGUCGCCGUUUCUAGUAAAUCCACAUUCACAGCUGAAUCGGAGGAAAAAUGUGAACUCUCUUCCCCGAAAGAGGAGGCUGCGCCUGUAUCUCACGCCGCGCCCUGCGCGGACGCGUCGGACCCUUUGCCGGCGGAAGAGGCAGAUGCCGAGGUGUGCGAGGAGCCCAGUAGUGUAGCAUCUAGUGAUAUUCCAGUGACUGCUAGUACUAAUCCAAUUAACGAAAUGAACGGAGUUAGCGAGAAAGGGACUGCUGCGGAGCCCGUAGUCGAUGUAGCCCAGACAGAAGUUGCGCCAUUGACUGUUGAGGUGGAGACACCAGAGGCACCUUCGGCAGAAGCGGAAAGCGGAGAUUUAGAAGGAGAGGAGAGCACAAGAACUACUCUUAACGAAGAGGUAAAAGAUCCUGACAAGAAGGAAGAGACAGAAGCAGAUGGGCAACUGGAGGAGAGCACAGAGGCUCAGAGUUUAAGCUCGAGCAAGAGUCCUGUCCCAGCCCCAACAGCUGUACCUGCACCAAAGACGUGGAAGAAACCAAAAGACCGGACCCAAGCCACCGAGGAGGCGAUAGAGGUGGAAGCAGAGCCUAAAGCAGAAGAGGAACUUCCAGGUGACAAAGUACUUGAAUCUGAGCAGGAGAAGAUGAGCCACGGGAUCCAAGCGGAGAGAGAUCCCUCUGAGCUUAAAAAGACAAAAGCCGUGGAAGAGAACGGAGAGCAGGAAGCGGAACCCGUGCGGAACGGCGCCGAGAGCGUUUCGGAGGGAGAGGGAACCGAUGCGAAUUCAGGCUUUGCUGAGAGCUCCAGCGAAGGGCCGGCGUACCAGUAUAAACCAGAGCAGUGGAAGCCCCUGGACCCGGAGGGCAAGAGGCAGUACGACAGGGAAUUUUUUUUCAUGCCUGCCUGCAUCCAAAAACCCGAAGGGCUGCCUCCCAUAAGCGAUGUGGUUCUCGACAAGGUCAAUCAGCCGAAACUGCCGCUGAGAACUCUGGACCCUCGGAUACUGCCUCGAGGACCAGACUUCACGCCAGCCUUUGCUGAUUUUGGGAGGCAAACCUCCGGUGGAAGAAACGUACCUUUGUUGAAUGUUGGACCGAGGAGAUCUCAGCCAGGCCAGAGAAGAGAGCCCCGGAAGAUCAUCACCGUGUGCGUGAAGGAGGAUGUGCACCUGAAGAAGGCGGAGAACGCCUGGAAGCCGAGCCUGAAGAGAGAAAGCCAGACCGAGGACCCGGAAAAUGUCAAAACGCAGGAGCUGUUCCGCAAGGUACGAAGCAUCUUGAACAAGCUGACGCCGCAGAUGUUCAAUCAGCUGAUGAAGCAGGUGACAGACCUGACGGUAGAUACAGAAGAGAGGUUGAAAGGGGUCAUCGACCUGGUCUUCGAGAAGGCUAUCGAUGAACCGAGCUUCUCGGUGGCGUACGCCAACAUGUGCAGGUGUCUUGUGACGCUGAAAGUGCCCAUGGCAGACAAACCUGGGAGCACAGUGAAUUUCCGCAAGUUGCUGUUAAAUCGCUGCCAGAAGGAAUUUGAAAAGGACAAGGCUGACGACGACGUCUUUGAAAAGAAGCAGAAAGAACUUGAAGCUGCUACCACUCCGGAGGAGAAGACGCGGCUCCAUGAUGAGCUGGAAGAAGCCAAGGACAAAGCCCGACGGAGAUCCAUCGGGAAUAUAAAAUUCAUUGGGGAGCUUUUCAAACUAAAAAUGCUGACGGAGGCUAUCAUGCAUGACUGCGUGGUAAAGCUGCUGAAAAACCACGAUGAGGAGUCCCUCGAGUGCCUUUGCCGCCUGCUAACGACCAUUGGCAAGGACCUGGACUUUGAGAAAGCCAAGCCUCGCAUGGACCAGUAUUUUAAUCAGAUGGAGAAGAUCGUGAAAGAGAGGAAAACGUCUUCAAGGAUUCGGUUCAUGCUUCAGGAUGUGAUAGACCUAAGGCUGUGCAACUGGGUGUCACGGAGAGCAGACCAGGGCCCCAAGACCAUCGAGCAGAUCCAUAAAGAAGCCAAGAUUGAAGAGCAAGAAGAACAGAGGAAGGUCCAACAGCUCAUGACCAAAGAGAAGAGGAGACCAGGUGUCCAGCGGGUCGAUGAAGGCGGUUGGAACACUGUGCAGGGGGCAAAGAACAGCAGAGUGCUGGACCCCACCAAGUUCCUUAAAAUCACCAAGCCCACAAUAGAUGAGAAGAUUCAGCUUGUGCCUAAAGCCCAGUUGGGCAGCUGGGGAAAGGGCAGCAGUGGGGGAGCAAAGGCGAGCGAGAUGGACACCUUACGACCAAGUGCCACUAAUUUGAACAGAUUUUCUGCACUGCAGCCUCCAGUCCCAUCUGUAUCUGCCUCAUCCGCAUCUUCAGAAUUAGAUUCUCGCAGGGCCUUAACUAGUCGCGGGAGCACGGGCAGGGAGAAGAACGACAAACCUCUCCCGCCUUCCCUCUCCCGUCCCAACACCUUCCUGCGGGGCAGCAGCAGUAAAGAGCUGCUGCUCGACAAUCAGGCGCAAGAGGAGCAGCGAAGGGAGAUGCUGGAGACGGUGAAGCAGUUGACAGGCGGCAUGGAGAUGGACAGAAACAGCACAGAGGCGGAGAGGAACAAAGCCAAGGAACCCGCCAAGCCAGAAGCUCCUCCAGCUCCGGUGCAAGAAAAGCCUUCGCUAUCAGAAGAGGAAAUCGAGAGAAAAUGCAAAUCUAUCAUUGAUGAGUUCUUGCAUAUUAAUGAUUUUAAGGAGGCGAUGCAGUGCGUGGAGGAGCUGAGCACCCAGAACCUGCUGCCUGUUUUUGUGCGAGUGGGAGUGGAGUCGACGCUCGAGAGGAGUCAGAUCACCAGGGAUCACAUGGGCCAGUUAUUACAUCAGUUGGUGCAGUCGGGAAAGCUGAGCAAGCAGGAUUUCUUCAAGGGCUUUUCAGAUACCUUGGAGAUGGCGGACGAUAUGGCCAUAGAUAUCCCCCACAUUUGGUUGUACCUAGCUGAGUUGGUGACCCCCAUGUUAAAAGAAGGAGGAAUCUCUAUGAGAGAACUUAUACAAGAAUUUAGCAAACCUUUGCUUCCUGUGGGAAGAGCCGGCGUCUUGCUUGCUGAAAUCUUGCACCUUCUAUGCAAACAAAUGAGCCAUAAGAAAGUGGGAGCCUUAUGGAGGGAGUCUGGCCUCAAUUGGAAGGACUACUUACCCGAAGGGGAGGAUGUACAUACCUUUCUCACGGAACAAAAGUUGGACUUCACGGAGUCCGACUGUUCCAGUUCCUCAGAAGCACUUUCAGAGAAAGAACUCUCUGCGGAAGAGCUGAGCAAGCAGCUAGAAAAACUCAUUGUUGAGGACAAGGCGAACGAUGAACAAAUCUUUGACUGGGUAGAGGCUAAUCUAGAUGAAAGCCAGAUGAGUUCACCUACAUUCCUUAGAGCUUUAAUGACAGCAGUUUGUAAAGCAGCUAUUAUAGCGGACUCUUCUAGCUUCCGUGUGGACAACGCUGUUAUCAAACAGAGAGUGCCCAUCUUACUCAAGUACCUAGACUCGGACACGGAGAAGGAACUACAAGCACUUUAUGCACUACAAGCAUCAAUAGUAAAACUUGAUCAGCCUCCUAAUUUGUUGCGGAUGUUUUUCGAUUGCCUGUACGACGAGGAGGUAAUAUCGGAGGAUGCCUUCUACAAGUGGGAAAGCAGCAAGGACCCGGCAGAGCAGAACGGGAAAGGAGUAGCGCUCAAAUCUGUCACAGCGUUCUUCACGUGGCUACGGGAGGCUGAAGAGGAGUCGGAGGAUAAUUAAAACUUAAAAUACAGAGAGGAAAAAAGAAAAAAGGAAAAAAAAAAAAACAGUUUAAGUAUUUUUUUAAAAAGUUUCACGUCUUCGCCAAUCACAGUGCAGCAAGGCCAAUUCUCGCGCAGACCCCCCCUUCCCCCACACAUGCACGAGUGGGAGAGGUAAAAAUAGAUAAACACAAAGGUGAUCACGGAGGAAAAAAGGUACUUGAAAAAAAAAAGUAAACUUCAAACCUGAGGGCGGGAGCACUAAACCAAAAUACAUGUAUUAUUUAUAGAAAAUAUUUUCUGUUUUAAUCUUUUGUUUUUUCUUUUCUUUUUAAACAAGGACUCAUACUUACAAAAACACAAAGCGAAACAGAUCUGUUUAGCAAAAAAAAAAGUGAAAACUUUUAAUUUAUUAUUUUAAGGACUGCAAAUGCCAGUGUAAUUUUUUAAUUUGCAGUUUCUGUAAACAAAUUGUAUAAUAGAACAAAAGCAGAGAAAUAAAUUUCCCUCCCCUUCAUAUGCACCUCAGUUUUGUUUCAAAGCAUGAUAAAUAGACAAAACUUUCAAGGGGGUUGGGGUAAGCUAGAUGAGGAAGAGAUCAAUUUUUUUUUUAAUGCCAUCAGAGUUUUCUGCCUGCCUCUCAGCUUGCUUCAGAAAUUUAAAAAGAAAAUAGUUAUCAAAACGUACGUAACCUUGGAGCAGAAGGAAAUGCAUUUGAGAAAACCGCUGCGGACCAGAGCGCUCUGAAAAUAACUCAUUCAAAACAGUGCUACCCUGGGGAAAAGUACUAGUGAUACUUUCAGAACCUUUAGAGCAACUUUAAGGCUUGUAAAUACAUAGAACAAAUAUUUAAAAAAACAAAACAAAAAAAAAACAGAAAAAAAAAGAAAUUGACUCGAUACUAUUUCUUUUCACUUUCAAAAUAUAAAAGAACAAAAUAAAGACAAACAU